AUGAAGCAUCCCUCCCUUGCUAACCCGCUGCCCCGUGCCCGCGACGCGCGGCGAGCCGACUGCCUCUCAUCCGCGCCCGCGCCACUCUCCCCGCAGGCGGCAGCACACCUGCGGACGGGCGCCCCCGACGCCCCCGGCGGCGGCGGCGUUGGCCGGCCUGGGACGCCGACGUGGCGGUACUUUGCGCCCGGCGACCCCGACGGCGCCCCGUGCCGCGCCGCCGCGGCCGCGCGCGCGGCGGAGCGGCGGCGGCUGGCCGGCGCGUGGGAUGAGGACGAGGAGGGCGACGCCGGCGGCCCCGGCGGCGAGGAGCCUCGGGGCCGGCCGGCGUCGCGGGCGGAGGCGCGUGCGGCGGCCCCGCCGGGCGCCUGGGCGCUGCUCCCGGAUCUCAUCAUGCUGGCCAUGCCCGACGACGGCACGAGCGGCGCGGGGCCGUUCUGGCGGGGGGAGGAGUAUGACGGGCUCGCGCAGGGCAGCGCGGAGGACGACGCCGCCAGCUCAGCCUUCCAGGAGGUCGAUGCGCUGCUGUCAGACUGGGAGGAUGCGGCCGACAGGGCCGCCGCCGCAGAGUCUGAGCUCCGUGCGGCGGAGCGCUUGCGUGGCGCGCUGGUGCGAGCGGAGGACGAGGCGCGGGAGCAAGCGGGCCUCUCGCCGCGACGCGGCGGCGUGGGCGGGGACGAGGGGGAGGAUGAGGAGGCGGCGGAUGGGGUGCAGGCGCGCGACCCGCUGCCGCUGAAGGCGCGCUCGAGCGUCCGGCUGGCGCGCGGGCGCGUGGAGGGCGCGGAGGCGCGCGAGGGGGCCGCCAGGGCUGCGGCGGUGGCGGCGGCGGCGGAGCUGCGGGCGGCGGAGGCGGCCGCAGACGAGAGGGUCCGAGAGGUCGCGGCCGCCGCAGCAGAGGCGGCGCCGCCGCACCCUAUCGGCCCGGCCUCCUUCGCCCCCUGGCUCCUGGCGCCGCUCGCCCCCGGCCCGCGCUCCUCGGCCGCCGCAGCCGCGCUGCGGCUGCCCGAGCGGCUGCCCGGCGCGCCGUUUGCGCGCCCCGACGCGGCGCGCUGCUACUGGCGGCUCUGGCGCGGCAAGUGGGCGCGGCUACGGGAGCGGUUCCCCGCGGAGGGGCCCCAGGGGGCGCAUCUCAUCCGCGUGGCGGCGGGCGCUCAGCAGCGCUUGGACCUUGAUGAGAUCCUGGGGGUCCUGCAGGUGGGGGUUGGGAGGGGGUGA